AUGGAGGUGCGUCCACACCUCCUCCUCGUCCUUCUCUGCCUCCUCGGCGCCGGCGCCGGAUCAUGCGUGGCGCAGACUUUGCCGCCGGCGCCGGUGCCGCAGUCCGGGGCGGCGGCGGCGCCGAGGCCCACGCCGUUCGGGCGCACCAUGUCCACGGUCAUCACCGUCGCCAUCAGCGUCUUCUUCUUCCUGCUCUUCUUCUGCGCCUACAUCAACCAGUGCCGCCUCGCCGAGAACGCCGCGCCGCAGGGGGCGGCGGCCGCCGCGGCCGGGGCCGGGGCGUCCAGGCGGGGGAAGCGCGGGCUGGACCCGGCGGUGGUGGCCACGUUCCCGAUCAUGCAGUACAGGGAGAUCAAGGAGCACAAGAUCGGCAGGGGUGUGCUGGAGUGCGCCGUGUGCCUCACGGCGUUCGAGGAGGCCGACGACCUCCGGCUGCUGCCGCACUGCUCGCACGCCUUCCACCCCGAGUGCAUCGACCCCUGGCUCGAGGCGCGGAUCACGUGCCCGCUCUGCCGCGCCAACCUCGAGAAGCCGCCGCCGCCGCCGCAGCCGUCCGCCGUGGCGCCCCCGUCGCCCGAGCAGGUGGCGCGGCGUCAGCCCUCGCCUUCGCCGUCCCCGCCGCACGCCGUGGCGAUACCGGUUCGGGAGGAGGAGGAGGAGAGCGACGAGGAUGACCGGAAGGAGGAGGCGAUGGAGCUGGAGAUGCUGCGCAGCGAGCGGCGGGCGGCGAGGCUGCCGAGGUCGCACUCGACGGGCCAUUCGCUCUUCGCGGCGUCGGCCGCCGCCGCGGAGCGGAGCGACCACGAGAGGUUCACGCUGCGGCUGCCGCACCACGUGAGGGAGCAGGUGCUGAGGUCGCGCCGCCUGCGCCACGCCACCAGCCUGAUCGACUUCGCCGGAGCGAGUCCCGAGGGGAGCGUGCGCGGAGGCCGGCCCGCGGGCGGCGGCGGCAGCAGCCACGGCGGGCGGCGGUGGCAGGCGUUCCUGGCGAGGACGAUGUCGUGGGCCCGAGGGGGAGGCGACGGGUCGGUGCGGAAGGGGUGGGACGGGUCCACCCGGCGGGGAAGGGACGACGCCGAGUCGAGCAGAAAGGGGGCCGCCUCGCCGGCGCCGGCGCCGGCGCGGCCAUGAUGAACUCCACACCGCCACCGGAACUGCAGUGCAGAGCUUGACUGUAGAAAAAUGCGUGUAGUUUGGAUUUGUUUAGUUGAUGGUAUGGAUAAAUUUAAUUUUUCACCUUUUUUAGUAGCCAUAGGAAAAUAUUUGCGUGUGCUCCUGUGAGGCCUGAUGUUUCUCGUUUCCUUUGACUCUGGCCAAGUGAAACUUUUGGUUCGGUCUGUGGAUUCCUCCAUCCGAUAAAAAGCUUUGGCGAGGGAGAAGAAUCGGAAUGUUCACUUUUG